AUGAGCAAAGAAAAACUAGAGCUGGCCUUGAUGAAGUCUGAUAUGCAAAAACAAUUGAUCACAUUGGAGGAGAAUCAACACAUGAUUAUAGAGGGAAACAUUGACCUUGAAAUCAGAGAAAAUGAGUUAAAAAAGAAAACAAUGGGACUGGACACAAUAGCUGAGAAGAUGAAGAAGGGAAGGGAACAAAUUCACCAGCUAAACAUGGAUGUUGGGACAAAAAGAGAUGAAGUCAAUGAUAACCGAUGUGCAAUGGAACAGCAAAAUAAGGACUUGAGUGUUUUUAGACAGGAACAUUGUCAAAAGAGCAAAGAGAUUGCAUUUGCCAGGACCAAAAUAAGUACAGGGAUGGAAAAGCUACUCAAAAUGAAGGCUGAUUUUGAAACUGAAAAAAUACUGCAUGCCAAAUACACGGAGACGAUGGAACAACUACAAUCUGAGCAGAAAGUGUUGCAAGAUCACUUUAGAUCUUGUAUCCUGUCAAUGAGAAGAGUGACAGAUGAUUUAAAGGCAAAGUAUGAAAAGAAACUUGAAGACAUUGACAAAAAGGUUGUCAAAUUAGAAGCGAAAAAUGAAGGUAUGCCGAAACUGUUGCUUACAAUAAAGCACAUGCUGGAAAAUAGUAAUCAAGGCAGAGAUCAAAUAUCAAUCAACAACAAACUAAUAGUAGGAGGAAAGAUUCAGCUGGACAAUUUGCUUUCAAAUGUAUUGAAAGAAUCAGAAGAAAUAAAACAUCUAAAAAAUAAACUUUUGGAGGAAAAACAAAACCUGGACAAACUAAAGAACAACAUUAAACAAGAGGAAGAAAUCCUGAGCAAAGCCAAUGAGUUCAUGAGCAAAGAAAAACUGGAGCUUGUUUUGAUAAGGUCUGAUAUGCAAAAACAAAUGAUCGCAUUGAAAGAGAAACAACGCAUGACCAAAGAGAGAUACAGUGACCUUAAAAUCAGAGAAAACGAGUUUAGAAAGAAUAAAACAGGAUUGGACAGAAUAGCUGAGAAGAUGAAGAAAGAGAGGGAACAAAUUCAUCAGCUAAUCAUGGACGUUGUGACAAAAAGAGAUGAAGUCAAUGAUAACCGAUUUGCAAUGGAACAGCAAAAUAGGGACUUGAGUGUUCUCAGACAGGAACAUUGUCAAAAGAGCAAAGAGAUUGCAUUUGCCAGAACCAACAUAAGUACAGAGAUGGAAAAGCUACUCAAAAUGAAGGCUGAUUUUGAAACUGAAAAAAUACUGCAGGCCAAAGACACGGAGACGAUGGAACAACGACAAUCUGAGCAGAAAGUGUUGCAAGAUCACUUUAGGUCUUGUAUCCUGUCAAUGAGAAGAGUGACAGAUGAUUUAAAGGCAAAGUAUGAAAAGAAACUUGAAGACAUUGACAAAAAGGUUGUCAAAUUAGAAGCGAAAAAUGAAGGUAUGCCGAAAUUGUUGCUUACAAUAAAGCACAUGCUGGAAAAUAGUAAUCAAGGCAGCGAUCAAAUAUCAAUCAACAACAAACUAAUAGUAGGAGGAAAGAUUCAGCUGGACACUUUGCUUUCAAACAUUGUGAAAGAAACAGCAGAAACAAAACAUCUGCAAACAAAACUCUUGGUGGAAAAACAAAACCUGGAAAAACUGAAGAACAACAUUAAACAAGAGAGAGCAUACCUGAGCAAAGCCAAUAUGCUCAUGAGCAAAGAAAAACUAGAGCUGGCCUUGAUGAAGUCUGAUAUGCAAAAACAAUUGAUCACAUUGGAGGAGAAUCAACACAUGAUUAAAGAGGGAAACAUUGACCUUGAAAUCAGAGAAAAUGAGUUAAAAAAGAAAACAAUGGGACUGGACACAAUAGCUGAGAAGAUGAAGAAGGGAAGGGAACAAAUUCACCAGCUAAACAUGGAUGUUGGGACAAAAAGAGAUGAAGUCAAUGAUAACCGAUGUGCAAUGGAACAGCAAAAUAAGGACUUGAGUGUUUUUAGACAGGAACAUUGUCAAAAGAGCAAAGAGAUUGCAUUUGCCAGGACCAAAAUAAGUACAGGGAUGGAAAAGCUACUCAAAAUGAAGGCUACUUUUGAAACUGAAAAAAUACUGCAUGCCAAAGACACGGAGACGAUGGAACAACUACAAUCUGAGCAGAAAGUGUUGCAAGAUCACUUUAGGUCUUGUAUCCUGUCAAUGAGAAGAGUGACAGAUGAUUUAAAGGCAAAGUAUGAAAAGAAACUUGAAGACAUUGACAAAAGGGUUGUCAAAUUAGAAGCGAAAAAUGAAGGUAUGCCGAAAUUGUUGCUUACAAUAAAGCACAUGCUGGAAAAUAGUAAUCAAGGCAGCGAUCAAAUAUCAAUCAACAACAAACUAAUAGUAGGAGGAAAGAUUCAGCUGGACACUUUGCUUUCAAACAUUGUGAAAGAAACAGCAGAAACAAAACAUCUGAAAACAAAACUCUUGGUGGAAAAACAAAACCUGGAAAAACUGAAGAACAACAUUAAACAAGAGAGAGCAUAUCUGAGCAAAGCCAAUAUGCUCAUGAGCAAAGAAAAACUAGAGCUGGCCUUGAUGAAGUCUGAUAUGCAAAAACAAUUGAUCACAUUGGAGGAGAAUCAACACAUGAUUAUAGAGGGAAACAUUGACCUUGAAAUCAGAGAAAAUGAGUUAAAAAAGAAAACAAUGGGACUGGACACAAUAGCUGAGAAGAUGAAGAAGGGAAGGGAACAAAUUCACCAGCUAAACAUGGAUGUUGGGACAAAAAGGGAUGAAGUCAAUGAUAACCGAUGUGCAAUGGAACAGCAAAAUAAGGACUUGAGUGUUUUUAGACAGGAACAUUGUCAAAAGAGCAAAGAGAUUGCAUUUGCCAGGACCAAAAUAAGUACAGGGAUGGAAAAGCUACUCAAAAUGAAGGCUGAUUUUGAAACUGAAAAAAUACUGCAUGCCAAAGACACGGAGACGAUGGAACAACGACAAUCUGAGCAGAAAGUGUUGCAAGAUCACUUUAGGUCUUGUAUCCUGUCAAUGAGAAGAGUGACAGAUGAUUUAAAGGCAAAGUAUAAAAAGAAACUUGAGGACAUUGACAAAAAGGUUGUCAAAUUAGAAGCGAAAAAUGAAAGUAUGCCGAAAUUGUUGCUUACAAUAAAGCACAUGCUGGAAAAUAGUAAUCAAGGCAGAGAUCAAAUAUCAAUCAACAACAAACUAAUAGUAGGAGGAAAGAUUCAGCUGGACACUUUGCUUUCAAACAUUGUGAAAGAAACAGCAGAAACAAAACAUCUGAAAACAAAACUCUUGGUGGAAAAACAAAACCUGGAAAAACUGAAGAACAACAUUAAACAAGAGAGAGCAUACCUGGGCAAAGCCAAUAUGCUCAUGAGCAAAGAAAAACUAGAGCUGGCCUUGAUGAAGUCUGAUAUGCAAAAACAAUUGAUCACAUUGGAGGAGAAUCAACACAUGAUUAAAGAGGGAAACAUUGACCUUGAAAUCAGAGAAAAUGAGUUAAAAAAGAAAACAAUGGGACUGGACACAAUAGCUGAGAAGAUGAAGAAGGGAAGGGAACAAAUUCACCAGCUAAACAUGGAUGUUGGGACAAAAAGAGAUGAAGUCAAUGAUAACCGAUGUGCAAUGGAACAGCAAAAUAAGGACUUGAGUGUUUUUAGACAGGAACAUUGUCAAAAGAGCAAAGAGAUUGCAUUUGCCAGGACCAAAAUAAGUACAGGGAUGGAAAAGCUACUCAAAAUGAAGGCUACUUUUGAAACUGAAAAAAUACUGCAUGCCAAAGACACGGAGACGAUGGAACAACUACAAUCUGAGCAGAAAGUGUUGCAAGAUCACUUUAGGUCUUGUAUCCUGUCAAUGAGAAGAGUGACAGAUGAUUUAAAGGCAAAGUAUGAAAAGAAACUUGAAGACAUUGACAAAAGGGUUGUCAAAUUAGAAGCGAAAAAUGAAGGUAUGCCGAAAUUGUUGCUUACAAUAAAGCACAUGCUGGAAAAUAGUAAUCAAGGCAGCGAUCAAAUAUCAAUCAACAACAAACUAAUAGUAGGAGGAAAGAUUCAGCUGGACACUUUGCUUUCAAACAUUGUGAAAGAAACAGCAGAAACAAAACAUCUGAAAACAAAACUCUUGGUGGAAAAACAAAACCUGGAAAAACUGAAGAACAACAUUAAACAAGAGAGAGCAUAUCUGAGCAAAGCCAAUAUGCUCAUGAGCAAAGAAAAACUAGAGCUGGCCUUGAUGAAGUCUGAUAUGCAAAAACAAUUGAUCACAUUGGAGGAGAAUCAACACAUGAUUAUAGAGGGAAACAUUGACCUUGAAAUCAGAGAAAAUGAGUUAAAAAAGAAAACAAUGGGACUGGACACAAUAGCUGAGAAGAUGAAGAAGGGAAGGGAACAAAUUCACCAGCUAAACAUGGAUGUUGGGACAAAAAGGGAUGAAGUCAAUGAUAACCGAUGUGCAAUGGAACAGCAAAAUAAGGACUUGAGUGUUUUUAGACAGGAACAUUGUCAAAAGAGCAAAGAGAUUGCAUUUGCCAGGACCAAAAUAAGUACAGGGAUGGAAAAGCUACUCAAAAUGAAGGCUGAUUUUGAAACUGAAAAAAUACUGCAUGCCAAAGACACGGAGACGAUGGAACAACGACAAUCUGAGCAGAAAGUGUUGCAAGAUCACUUUAGGUCUUGUAUCCUGUCAAUGAGAAGAGUGACAGAUGAUUUAAAGGCAAAGUAUAAAAAGAAACUUGAGGACAUUGACAAAAAGGUUGUCAAAUUAGAAGCGAAAAAUGAAAGUAUGCCGAAAUUGUUGCUUACAAUAAAGCACAUGCUGGAAAAUAGUAAUCAAGGCAGAGAUCAAAUAUCAAUCAACAACAAACUAAUAGUAGGAGGAAAGAUUCAGCUGGACACUUUGCUUUCAAACAUUGUGAAAGAAACAGCAGAAACAAAACAUCUGAAAACAAAACUCUUGGUGGAAAAACAAAACCUGGAAAAACUGAAGAACAACAUUAAACAAGAGAGAGCAUACCUGGGCAAAGCCAAUAUGCUCAUGAGCAAAGAAAAACUAGAGCUGGCCUUGAUGAAGUCUGAUAUGCAAAAACAAUUGAUCACAUUGGAGGAGAAUCAACACAUGAUUAAAGAGGGAAACAUUGACCUUGAAAUCAGAGAAAAUGAGUUAAAAAAGAAAACAAUGGGACUGGACACAAUAGCUGAGAAGAUGAAGAAGGGAAGGGAACAAAUUCACCAGCUAAACAUGGAUGUUGGGACAAAAAGAGAUGAAGUCAAUGAUAACCGAUGUGCAAUGGAACAGCAAAAUAAGGACUUGAGUGUUUUUAGACAGGAACAUUGUCAAAAGAGCAAAGAGAUUGCAUUUGCCAGGACCAAAAUAAGUACAGGGAUGGAAAAGCUACUCAAAAUGAAGGCUACUUUUGAAACUGAAAAAAUACUGCAUGCCAAAGACACGGAGACGAUGGAACAACUACAAUCUGAGCAGAAAGUGUUGCAAGAUCACUUUAGGUCUUGUAUCCUGUCAAUGAGAAGAGUGACAGAUGAUUUAAAGGCAAAGUAUGAAAAGAAACUUGAAGACAUUGACAAAAAGGUUGUCAAAUUAGAAGCGAAAAAUGAAGGUAUGCCGAAAUUGUUGCUUAAAUUUAAGCACAUGCUGGAAGAUAGUAAUCAAGGCAGAGAUCGAAUAUCAAUCAACAACAAACUAAUAGUAGGAGGAAAGAUUCAGCUGGACAAUUUGCUUUCAAAUGUAUUGAAAGAAUCAGAAGAAAUAAAACAUCUAAAAACAAAACUUUUGGGGGAAAAACAAAACCUGGACAAACUAAAUAACAACAUUAAACAAGAGAAAGAAAUCCUGAGCAAAGCUAUUGAGUUCAUGAGCAAAGAAAAACUAGAGCUGGCCUUGAUGAAGUCUGAUAUGCAAAAACAAUUGAUCACAUUGGAGGAGAAUCAACACAUGAUUAUAGAGGGAAACAUUGACCUUGAAAUCAGAGAAAAUGAGUUAAAAAAGAAAACAAUGGGACUGGACACAAUAGCUGAGAAGAUGAAGAAGGGAAGGGAACAAAUUCACCAGCUAAACAUGGAUGUUGGGACAAAAAGGGAUGAAGUCAAUGAUAACCGAUGUGCAAUGGAACAGCAAAAUAAGGACUUGAGUGUUUUUAGACAGGAACAUUGUCAAAAGAGCAAAGAGAUUGCAUUUGCCAGGACCAAAAUAAGUACAGGGAUGGAAAAGCUACUCAAAAUGAAGGCUGAUUUUGAAACUGAAAAAAUACUGCAUGCCAAAGACACGGAGACGAUGGAACAACUACAAUCUGAGCAGAAAGUGUUGCAAGAUCACUUUAGGUCUUGUAUCCUGUCAAUGAGAAGAGUGACAGAUGAUUUAAAGGCAAAGUAUGAAAAGAAACUUGAAGACAUUGACAAAAAGGUUGUCAAAUUAGAAGCGAAAAAUGAAGCAAAAUAG